GAACCAGUUUAUUAAUUUUUCAGAACAGUGGAAUGUCGGAGUUGAAAGAAGUAGUUGUUUUGUUAUUUCAAAGGAAAAGUUGUGGGAAAAUAAGUUUUCUGUAUUAGAAUGUAGCUACUCGGGAAGCGGAUAAAUACAUAUUACAACAUAUGAAAGGCAAAAGUAACUGUGAUUUUGUUGGACAACAAGACGUAAACAUGGACGAUCGUCACGAUCGGGAAAGUGUGUAUUCUUCAAACUAUUCACAGUCUUCGAUCCCUGUGACUCCCCCGGGGUUAGAGGCUAUUUAUAAUGCUUGUCGGCGCACUUAUCCCGACCAACCAAACCCUCUGCAAGUCACUGCACUCGUUAAAUACUGGUUGGGUGGACCGGACCCCCUUGAUUACAUUUCAAUGUACGCCAACCCAGGGGAUGAAAACCGAGGUAUUCCUCCACACUGGCAUUACAUUAGCUACGGUCUUUCUGAUCUCCAUGGUGAUGGACGUGUCCAUGACCAUAACUUUAGGUGCAAUACAAACGAAGGUCCAAGUGGAUAUGGAUUUGAAUUGACUUUUAGAUUGAAGAGGGACAGUGGGGAGACAAAUCCCCCUACAUGGCCUGCUACCCUCAUGCAGGCUCUGGCCAGAUAUGUUUUCCAAACAGAAAAUAUCCUGUACAGUGGUGACCAUGUUCCCUGGCACAUGUCUCUAGACGGCAGUGAGUCACGGAUCCAGCACAUGCUGAUGGCAGAGGAUGCCCAGCUUUUGCCCAUCACCACACCAUUUGGCGUUGUUAACUUUGUCCAGAUUAUUGGUGUAUGUGAGGAGGAGCUGAAGGCCGCCCAGCAUUGGAAUGGCCCAGGGGUCAUCGAAUUGAUAAGGUCUCAGAGCUGUGCUGGGGGUCCAUGGCUGAUUACAGACAUGAGGAGAGGGGAAACUAUUUUUGAAAUGGAACCACAUCUACAGGAUCAGGUUGAACAGGGAAUUGAAACUGAAGGAUCAAACCUAAGUGGUGUCAACAGUCGCUGCUCGUGGGAGGAACCUGGUGAAAACAGUGAUGAUUAUUAUAAUGAUGAUAUGAAAGACAAUAGGACUCUUGAUGAGCGCAGGAAUAGCAACGAAAAUGACAGACCCAGAAUCUCCGAUUUUGAAUCAGAACAAAUUAAAGCAACACUUCAAAAGGGUUUGCAGUUUCCACGACGGGAUUCUCGGGAAUUUGAAUAUGAUAACUCAAGAAGGAAACAGUCCUUUGACAGUAUAGGGAGCAGUGAUGGACCAACGGAUUUACUCAGGACACGAACUCUUGACUUCGUUCAUUUGAAAUUCAAUUUAGAAGCUGGAUCUCUCCUUCCACUGGCUCUGAAAGGAAGACUUCGUCACGGGCGACACUUUACGUUUAUGAGUGCAUUGAAUGACACAGCUAUUACUGUUGUCUCAACAAGUGUGAAUGGGUCCAUAGCUGAUGAGAAUCAUCCUUUUGCAGCCCAUGGUCCUUGGCUACAGGUGCUUCUAACAGAUGAUUUCAUUGAGGAGAUGAUAGUAGACACAGAAGAACUAGCACAUCCUGAUGAGAUCAUGUGCCCCAAGACAUACAGCUGGCCAGAGAGGAGGUUAAUGAUCACCAUUCUUCCAGAUGAGGUGUGAUGGGAAAACAUGACCAAGGAAAAAAAAAAGGGCAGUAGAGCUCCAGAUGUCUCCUCAUGUCUCCUAUUCAUCUGAGAUUACUUUUAUCACAACCUGUGUUCUUCAACUCAGUAUUAACAUGUAUCAGAAAUACAUGUAGGGAAACAUGACUGUCUAGACACGGACAGGAAGCAUCCAGUCAUAAUAAAGGGAUGGUGAUCAUUCGUGUACUGUCAGAAUUCAGUUUGAUGCAGGUGUUGCAAGCCAAGAGGAAUCAUUUGUUAUUGUUCCUUGUGUAUAAAGGAUGUAUUUUGACUGUCAAAUGGAUGUUCUAUUGUGAAAACUGUAUAAAUGGUGCUGAGUAGAUUGGAUGAAUGGUGCAUGCUGUCACAGUGUGUAAUGUCAUUACUGGUGCAGUAAUAUGUGUUUUGUUUCAUGUACAUGUACUAGUGUAUAGUACUAACUACUGUAUUUAAAGGUUGUGAAUCCAAGGACUUCUAUAUUGUGAAAUAUUUGAAAGCUAGGUUAGAUUUUUUCAACAAGCAUACUAUUUAGUAUAGUGCUAGUAUCACAACAAAGUUAAUUUUUGAUAAACGUAUCGGCAUCCGCCGUUUUCUACCGAGUCUGUGAGAUUUCUGUCUAACAGCAACAAAAGAAUCAAAAUAUGUAUAUAUAUAUAUAUCCACAAACUUUUAAUUCUCGGUUCUAUUGUAGUGAAAAGUUUAACACUUAGAUGUUGUAUCAUGUAUUUCAGUUAACCAUUGUUGUACAAGUACAUUGAAGGUUUACAAUAUAAAGUUGUGAAAUUUCGGUUAGGAAAUGGGUCAACUGCCAGAUGUGAAUAUAACAUACAUGUAAACUAAAUGAAUUGAUCAUUCAGUGGAUGAGAUAUAUGUUAUACAUGUACUUCUUAUCUACCAUAUUUUAUAUGAUUUUUUAAGUAACUUUCUCACUUGAAUUACUUUCUUUGGAAGUCUUUAAAUGCUGUUUACCUGUCUUGUGUCACUAUAUGGUACAGUGUGGGCUAUGAACACAUUUUUUAAUUAUUUAUUUAUUUAAAACAUUUCUCAUGAGUUUUUUAUUAUGUUUAUGUACCUCUACAGAGAGAAGACAUUUUCACAGUAAUUUGAUACUGUUUUUUUUUAGUAUAACAUUUAGAUGUUUCAUACAAUUCUGUGUUGUAACAUUUUACUGGGCAGUAGAGAUACUGGGCACUUAUCCUACAGGAGUAUUAGGCUUUAUUUAAAUGUCUUUUUGUUGUCAUUUUCCAUUAUGAGGAAUUUGAAUGUUAAUAUCAUUUCUACUGCAUUCUUAAUUGAACUUGGCUUGAUGGUAUAUUAGGGCUGUAUACUUUCAUUCAGUCAUGCAUUAUGUUUUAAAAUAUGUAUGCCAAAAGUUCAUUUCAUUUUGCUUUACAAUUUUUCAUUCUCAUUGACAACAAUGUACAAAACUUUUCAUUACUUAUUUAAAAGAAAAGUUUUAUUUCUUUGACUUGUUAUGAUUUAGUUGUUACAUGUGCAAAUCACAUUAAACAUAGAAAACCUACUACAGAGGCCAAGCAGUGUUUUAAGUUGUACAGCUUGUGUAGUUCAUGAUGUAGGUGUCACCAGUUAUCUUGUUGUUAUAUUGUAAUACUCUUCAUUUGGUUAAUAAAAUGUCAUUGUUUACAAUAUA